UGCGGCUUGAUCGCCAGAUUGCGGCGCGAGUGUAUUUUGAACCCGAUAAGCAAACGUCCGUACGUAUCAUUGCCGUAUUUUUUUUUCUGCAACACAAGCCAACUACAAAGCUUGCGCCUCAUACAAACAAGCUGAAACUAACGCAAGCAAAGAAUCGACUCCCGUCGGAUGUUAGUCAACUGGCUAAACAUAGAAACGCGCGCGAAUACUCCAACAAAACGAAAUGUUUUUGGUGCAACGGCGGCUUCGGUGCAACGAAAAUACUAGUAUACCUAAGCGAAUAGGGAAGGUGGGCGCACAUUUUGGAACCUUUUGAACUUGCUAGCCCCACGCGCUAACAGCAGCCGGUUGUAGGCGCGGCGCGCAAACUUUCGGUUCGUUGGGAUUUAGUGCGGUGGUCGAAUAUUUAGAUACCGAUUUCGUUGCGCAGAUGAAACUAAAGAAAGUUUUUGAAUAUUCCUAUAGUGUUUUUCGAAUAAUCUCAAUUAUGGCUGUGUAAAAGUCUUGGUGAAAAAGUUUGAAUAACAGCCAAAUUAAACAUGGAUUAAUACAGUGCAAUAUAAAAAAUUAGAAAAACCAAAUUGUAAAUUUAAAUAAGAAAAGUGAAGCAGUUACAAAGCAAGUGUAUGCAAAUAAACAAAAGAAGUUUAAGUUCCUAGUGGGACACUGAGAUAAAACUGCAAAAAUGGAUAUGACUAGCGCGAAUUCGUUGAAUAUGCGACCUUUCUUUUCAGGAUAUCCUUUUCAAGGAGGGCUUCACCGAUCCACCAUCCACAUCGUCCAUCAGUCGCCUUUUACGAGGUAAUGAUCGUACCAGUGAAGACGGACGCAAGGAUUAUAGUAUACACGGCAUAUUAGGUGAUCGCAACUCCGACAUCAGCGAUACCGAAUCGGAGCCUGGCAUACCGCUGAAACGUAAGCAGCGGCGCUCGCGCACCACCUUCACCGCAGAGCAAUUGGAGGCGCUCGAGCGUGCUUUCACGCGCACUCAGUAUCCGGAUGUCUAUACACGCGAAGAACUCGCACAGACCACUGGUCUUACGGAGGCACGCAUACAAGUGUGGUUCUCGAAUCGGCGCGCCCGUUUACGCAAACAUUCUGGCGGUUCCAGCACCGGGCUCUCGCCCAUGAAUGGCGGCGGUAGUGGCGUAGCUGGAAUGCCAGGUAGCGCGAUGGGAGCAGGUGCCGCUGCAACAGCGCCGCUAGGCUUUGGUUCAUUGGCCGCAGUGGGCUCAAUGGCUGGCUAUAGUCCGGCUGCUGCGAGUACGGCCAGCGCUGGCAUGAAUGACAAUCACGCUGCGCAUGCAGCUGCAGCCGCUGCAGCAGCGGCCGCACAUCAUCCACAUCAUCAUGCGCAGAUGGGAAGCUACGAUUUGGUGGCGCAGUCGGCGCAACACGGCUUUGCUAGUAGUUUUCAGCAUGGACACUUUACCGGGCAGAAUUACUAUCAUCAAGAUUACUCCAAGCUCACAAUCGAUGACUUCUCUAAGCUGACUCCAGAAAGCGUUUCGAAAAUUUCUCCAUCCCUCUCACAUCUCACCGGCGAAAACUAUUCAAAGCUUGAGCCUACCACGAAUUGGUCGCAGGCCGCUUACCAUCUCAAUCAAUCGGCGGCAGUAGCGGCCAAUUAUAAUGCCGCCGCUCAUCAUGCUCAUGCCGCUGCGGCACAACAUACGCUGAACGAUUAUGUGGCGGCUGGCGCAGUUGCGGCGGCACACAAUAAUCAAUUGAAUAGUGCAGCAGCGGCUGCCGCGGCGGCUUACAAUCAUCCGCUACCGGCGCAAGGUCAAGCGAAGUACUGGCAAUAAUUUUGGUGCUGUGGUAUAGUAUUUGAAUAAGUAUCUAGCAAGUACAGGUAGAUAGAAUACCAGGGCAGUGAGAAAAAAUUAAAAUAAAAUAAAAAAUUUAAAUAAAAUGGCGGGAGGUAAUAAAAAGUUCUCUCUCUCUCUCUCUCAAUCGCGAAGCAGGUGUACAAAUGCUAUUAUUAGCCCCUUCAACGAGAGAAAAAAAGCUAUGAAAGCUGUCUUCUGAAACAUUUGAGACUCCGAGGGGUAACUAGAAAACUGUACCUUAAUAUUUUUCCGACUUUUCUGAAAGGUAUGCAUUCAGCCGUCUGUAACUUCAAUUGGUACAACUUUAGAUACAUUCUACCACCACUGAGUUAGACCAAGGUUGGAUUCCUGGUACCCGCUCUUAUAUAAUCCAUUUGCCGUUCGAUUGGGGCGUCAAACUGUAGGUACAAAUUAAAAUAGAAGCUUGGCCUUGCAUUAAGCAAAUCUUUCCAUAGUCCGAUUCAAAAAAAAUUUCAUAUAAGCUUAAAGCUUUGAAGCACACUUAGUCCUGCGGCCUUUUGUGCAGGAUUAUUUGCUAACAGCAAUGUUGGUUAGAGAGAGCUUUCGUUUCGUCCAAGCCGUAUAUAAGUUGUACAGAGAGCUUUCAAAAGCUUGAAAUUGAGGCCAAUGAAGUGGUCGACAAUAUUUUAAAACGUUCAUUUGAGUAUGAGUGACAAUCAGAGGGAGAUUUUACACUGUGCUUGCCCAUUUAAAGUUCAUAAAAAGCUUUUACCGCAGGGUAUACUCUCGUCAUGACCGAUUCACGUACAAUUAAUGCAAGUACGAAAGUGGGGCUUUAUAGUUUUUUUCUAAAGCCUUAAUAAAUACAGAUUAGAAACUCAGAACUCAUCGUACACUGAUUACUUACACUUGAGUUUAAGCUUUUAAACCAGAGUUGGCCACUUAAUGGGCGUCCUUUUUGAGCUUUUUAAAGCUUUGGGGCAAUUGAAGCUUACGCUCAAUAUUUGUAUGAAUUUAAAAUACAGCCGCCUUGAAGAUUAAUUUAAAGUCUCAAAACUUUUGGCGAAUUACCCCAAACUGUUCGAUGUAACGUUUAAAAUUUCUUGAAAGGUAUUUUCUGAGCUGACCAACCCUCCGAUCUCAAGUAUGCACAUACUCAUAUCAAAGCUAUUAAUAUUCAGACUCUCCUCUUACUUACAUAUAGCUAAAUGGAUACAAAAAGCUUUCGUAGGAGCUUUAGCAAAAAUCAAUCUAAAAUUUUAAGUAAUUCACAUUUUAUUUGAAAAAUAACCCGGGUAUAACACUGGAAAAAAGUGAUAAACUGGAGCUUUAUUUACAAAAUUUUUUGGGAAGUUUUUCUAGGGAACUUUUCCUAUUACUGAUUUUUUGCGGUUAGGCUAGAAGUUCAGCAUUCAUCUCUUACCAGCUGAUUAAAUUAAAUAUUCAGCGAUCGAAGGUGUAUAACAGUGACGCUGGGAGAGAGUUUUUAUCCUGCGCACAUCCAUACAAAACUUAUAGAACACUUAAAAAGCUGCUUAAGAACUUUGCACCAGUGAUGAGCAGAGAGAUUUAUGCAAAGCUUUCUUUAAAUUCCUGUACAUUUAUGUGAGCCUAGCACACAUACUAGCUACACUGUUGUAAAGUAUCGGAACUGCCAGGCUGAACUGCUAAAUGAGCUUAUUUAUUCAAAGUGGUGGACUUUGAGGUUUUUACAGUCUCUACUACGAGAGAAAGCUCGUUGGUAAAAAGAACAUGGCACAUGUAUGUAUGUGUAUCAGCGAUGCGCACAGAGAGCCUUUACUCUGCACGCGCCUAUACAAAAUGUAUAGAAAGCUUAAAAGAGCUUUGCCCGCGGGCAAGGAAGUGCUGUACAUUUAUUCUGUACAAGGCGAUUGAGAGAAUAUGAGAGUAAAGUGAUUUGCUGAUGCUAAUGCUACAUGCUUCAGGGCGCUAAAGAAACUAAUAAUUGUAGACAAUGUGCGAAAAUUUGAAUUAAGUAUUUGGCUUUACGUUAAAAAAUAAUUCCUCCACCAAAAAGGCCAAAAAAUUUAGAAAUAAAUAUAGUAACUUUAAAAUAUGUACCUACAUACAAUUUUUGCAAGCCUCUUAAAAAUUUUUUCAACUUAUCUUACACAAAUAAAAAGUAUUUCAUGAUCAUUGCCACGCCAGCAUAAACAGAAGCUAUUCAUCAUUAAAAAAGUAGAAAAAUAAAAAUAUCAAUUCAAAAUAAUAAAUAUCAAUUCAAAAAAAUGUACUGUACAGUAGACGUUAUAUGUUGUAAGUAUGUAAGUAAUAUGACCUUAAAUAAAUGUAAUAUAAAAUUGUUUAUAAGCCACUGUGGUAUUUAUGGAGUCUUACUGACUUGAAAUUUGAUUAACUUCUGAGCAGCUCCAAAUCCUUAUACAUAUAUGGUAAUACACAUAGACGCAUACAUAAGUACAUAUGUAUGUGUGUGCCUGUAGUUAUAUGGCUGCAAUAAGUGAGCACAUACAUUUUUAUGUUGCACAUUGCGCCUUUAAUUUAUAAAUCAACUGUAAUUAAAAUUCAAUUAACAAUUUAUUGUUUAAGUCAAGUACAUUUUUUAUUGCCAAGGCCAAGCAGGCAAAUAUGUAGAGCCAACCGCCAACCAAUAUUUGCCGAUGAUGAUGCAUACAAACAUACAUAAAUAAUUAAAAUAUUUGUUGGCGAAGUUGGUGCGGCCCUGUGCCUGGCUGUACCUAAUUAUUUGCCACCUGAGCCUUGUAAUUGCAUUCAAAUACAUAAUUCCUACACAUACACAUACAAACACAUUUAAACAUACAUAAAAGUACAUCUAUAAAUUAUGUUUAAGUAAAUAAGUAGCUAUAAACACCCAUAUGUACAUACAUACCUAACUACAACCAUACAUACAACAAACAACUAAAUGCAUUUAAUGUAAGAAAGUUAAU